GCCAAUCACAGAGCGCUCUGGGCGGGGCUUACGCGCGCCGUCCGCCAGCCUCUCCGUGUCGGCGGAUUGUUGUUGUCAUCAAGAUGGAGUUCUUGUUGGGGAAUCCGUACAGCACUCCCGUUGGCCAGUGCAUCGAGAAAGCCACAGAUGGCUCCCUGCAGAAUGAAGACUGGACGCUCAACAUGGAGAUCUGUGACAUCAUCAAUGAGACCGAGGAAGGGCCUAAAGAUGCCAUGCGUGCGGUGAAAAAGAGGCUCAACGGCAACAGGAACUUCCGUGAAGUGAUGCUGGCUCUUACCGUUCUGGAGACUUGCGUGAAAAACUGCGGCCACCGUUUUCACGUCCACGUCGCCAAUAGAGAUUUCAUCGAAGGCAUCUUGGUGAAGAUCAUCACUCCGAAGACCAACCCUCCGGCUAUAGUACAGGACAAAGUGCUGUCACUGAUUCAGGCUUGGGCAGAUGCCUUCAGGAGCAGCCCGGACCUCACUGGAGUCGUGCACAUUUACGAGGAGCUGAAGAGGAAAGGAAUUGAGUUCCCGAUGGCAGACCUGGAUGCUUUGUCGCCCAUCCACACGCCUACAGCGGGUCAGAAACCGCACAGCUUCCGCCCACACCAGGGUGUCCCAGAGGUAGAUCCAGGCACGCACAAGUACAGAGCGUCUGCUCAGCCAAACGCGGCGUCUCAGACGGGCCCUACACCUGCAGCUGCCGCCACAGCUGACUUCAACCCCGCCCAGAUCCCACCCGUAUCAGGACCCAUCACAGCAAACCCAGAGCAGAUCGCAAGGCUGAGAAGUGAGCUGGACGUUGUGCGUGGGAAUAUUAAAGUGAUGUCGGAGAUGCUGACAGAGAUGGUGCCGGGCCAAGAAGACGCCUCUGACCUCGAGCUACUCCAGGAGCUGAACAGGACGUGUCGAGCCAUGCAGCACAGAGUAGUGGAGCUCAUCUCCCGCGUGUCUAAUGAAGAGGUCACCGAAGAGCUGCUGCACGUCAACGAUGAUUUAAACAACAUCUUCCUGCGUUACGAGAGGUAUGAGAGAUACAGAGUAGGCAGAGCAGCACAAAACAACGGGGUCCUGAAUGAGGCUUCAGAGGAGGAUAAUCUAAUAGAUCUGGGUCCUGCUUCUCCAGCAGUGGUCACUCCUCGAGCCCGCUCCCCUGCUCCUGCUGCAGCGUCUCUCUCCACGCAGCUUGCUGGACUCGGUGAGGGCCUCCACAGCGUCAGCGGCACUCUCAGCUCUCUGAGCGCUCACAACCCUCAGGACGACUUUGACAUGUUCGCCCACACCAGGUCCAGCUCUCUGGCGACCAGCGCAAAAAGUGACGUUAAAUAUGAAGAACCUCAGGCUCUGGUGGGCCUGGCAUCCGCUUUGGACAUCAGACAGCAAAAUGCCACUGGGGUGAGUUUCUUACAGCAUGGUUCUUCUGAAGAUGGAGGUCUAUAUGUGUUUGUGGUGGGUGCUUUGUUCUUCUUCUUCUUCUUCUUCUUCACAUCUGUAAGGUGUUUUCUGUUGUUGAUUUGCUUGAAUGUAAAAGGUCCUAACGCUGAGUUGGAGCCCAUAGACAGCUGGCUCAUUACCCAAGGAAUGGUGAGGGAUUUCACCCAGAACCACUGCUCCCCACGUGUCCACCCGUCCGUCCACUCAGCCCUGGCCUGCGCUCUCCAUCCCUCGCCUCCCACCACCACUUCAAAACAUACCCACAGUAAAGGGGAGAGGCGCUCCAGUGAUCCUGAUCUGAUCACGCUCGGAGGAGAUCAGCCAAAACACGAAAAAUCUGGUUUUAUUUACCCGUCCUCACGUCGUUCCAAAGUUCUGUGCCGCUGCUUUUCCAAGAAAGCGUCUCUUUUCUCGUGA